UCAAAACUUCUCAACCUCUGCUCCAAAUCUCUGCUUAUUCAGGUUUGCAUUUCAGAUUUUCAAACCUAAAUUUGGGGAAGAAAGAUAGAAAGAAAUGAAGGGUAUGAAAGGAAAAUUAGUGAAAAGGCUGAAAUCAAUCAAGCCAAUUGGUUACUUGAAGCUUGAUCGAGUUCUUCAGGUGAACGCAGUUGAUGGAUUCAUUGAAACAUUUACAAAGAGCUCAAGUCUCAGCGCUGAAACUCAGUUCAUAGCCAAAGAAUCAGUCCAAGAAAAAGUUGAAGAAAGGAGGGUUCUGAACCAAGAACCUGAUAUUAUCGUUGUAGAAGAGCUCAUGAGAGAUCUUGAAGAAGAUGAUAUGGAAAAUGGUGAUGAUAUUGACGAUAAAGAAAAUAUUGGGCCUCAUGUUGGGGUCAAAGGUAAGAUGGAGACUUCUUUUAGACAACAAACACCUUUGUCAGAGGUUGACGUCUCAUCUUUCCGGCGACCGGAUUUGAAUUCCGGUACCCUUUUCGACCCAAACCUUUUAGCAGCCUUUGAAGAGGCAGUGAAAGAGCAUUUUAGGAUGAGUGAAUCAGAGAGACAAGCAAGAAUUGAGAAGGAAAAUCUCGAAAGAAGAAAAGAAGAAGGAUCUGAGAGGGAAGCAAGAAAUCUUGAAAAAUGUGAAGAGGAACCUCCACCAAAAUCCCGUAGAAUUGAAGAAGAAGAAGAAGAAGAAGAAAAGCCUUUAUUAAGCUAUGAUGAGAAGUGUCCUCCUGGAGGUAGUGACUCUGUAAUUCUCUACACAACAACACUUCGAGGCAUACGAAAAACUUUCGAAGAUUGCAACAGCGUUCGCUUUCUAUUAGAGAGUUUCCGGGUGAUCUUCUACGAGAGAGAUGUGUCAAUGCACAUGGAAUUCAAGGAGGAGCUAUGGAGGGUUAUGGAAGGUAAAGCCAAGCCUCCAAGGCUCUUCAUUAGGGGAAGAUACAUAGGGGGUGCAGAGGAAGUUCUUAGGUUACACGAACAAGGGAAGUUUAGACAACUGUUUGAAGGGGUUCCCAUAGAUGAAUCCACAGGACCCUGUGAAGGAUGUGCAGGUUUCAGGUUUGUUGUUUGUUUCAAUUGCAGUGGGAGCCAUAGGAUUACUGAAGAUAAUGGAUUGUCAAGGAAAUGCCAGGACUGUAAUGAGAAUGGUCUCAUAAUCUGUCCACUCUGUUGCUGAAGAGAAAAUGGAUUUGUUCCAGCCUUUGAUGAGAUUCUGUUUCAGUAUUUACUUGUGUUGGGGUGUUAUAUUCGCACAAAUCAUAAUUCAAAUUCUUUUUGUUGUAAUGCUUGGAAAGAAGAUGGAGUCUGAGUAAAAUGUAUUUGUUUGUGGAUUGGAAUCAGCUUUUUCCAUAUUCACUAUGUACAAUUCAAAAAUAAUCAACACACACUUACCUUUGUUCUCAUAAAUGCAAAUUUUGUGAAAGUUUUGGUACAUUAA